AUGAGUCGAUUUCUAAGUCGACUCGAAAAUCGACUCAUCACCCGAGGAGCAGAUGGCACAGUGGCGCCAUCCCUCUCCCAUCUUUCCCCUUCCAAUAAUUCCCUCUCACACGUCUUCCCCACCCGAGUCUCCACCCCCCAUUCCCCUCUCUCCCCGCCCUGCACCAACCCACGGGGUGCUCAUGUGGGGGACGGGUACCUGGUCCCCCACGCCAUGCUUUUGGGGUGCUCAUGUGGGAGGACGGGUAUCUGGUCCCUCACACGCCAUGCUCAGAAGCUGGAGGACCAGAUGGCACGCUGGCUCACCCCAUGUCUCCCUCCCUCUCCCCUUCCCCUCGCACUCCACAGGGUGCUCAUGUGGGAGGACGGGUACCUGGUCCCUCACGCCGUGCUUAAGAAGCUGGAGGACCAGAUGGCCCGGUUGCGCAAUUCGGCUUCUAGUGCGGGCGGGGGCGGCAGCAGCAGCAGCCGCCAGGCAGACGCUGUACCCGUUUUAGACGAGCUCUCUUACGACUGGAAGCAGCUGCACGCCACGUAUCUGAAGUUCUCGUAUCAGAUCUAUAACUACGGCGAAGGGCUGGUGGGCGUGAGUGUGGCAUCGGAGGCAGCGGAGUGGGUGUACAGCCAUGCCAAGUACCACGCUGAUACUCUCAACUCCGUGCAGAGCCAGCAUCCACCUGGCUGGGCGGAGCACUUCGCGUCUGGCAUCAAGACCAUUGCCAUAAUCCCAGUCCCGGGCGGGGCUGUUCAGCUUGGCUCUGUGCUCCUGCAUGAUAUUCACUCAACUCAGAAAGUAAACUCUUCCCACUUCUUCCCUCCCUUCCCUGCUCUCCCCAUCCCCUCCCGUCCCCUCCCCUCCUUUCCCCCUCCCCCCGCUCGUUCCCCACAACAGAUUAAGGAGGACCCGAGCAUUUCACAGGGCCUCAAAGAGAAAUUCGAGCAGCUGCAGAAGAUUCCAGGAGUCUUCCUCCCUGAUUUCAUCCCGGAAACUUCCACCACACCUGCAAGCAUCGCCAAACCGCUCCCCAUGCCACCCUCCCACCUCCCCCCGCAUCCCUCCUCCCCAUCCUCUCAUGGCCCCUCCGCCUCCCCUUCCCAUUCUAUCGCCUCCUCCCCCCAUCCUUCCACGCGCCAUACCCCCUCCAUCGCUCACCCACCUUCGUCUAGAUUAAGCCAGAAUUCUAGACCGGGUCCUCUUAGAUUCGAUCCGCCGAGAUCUGACUCUCCCAAGCGGACCACGCAGCGAGCCUUGGCGCAGCUGUCUAUCCUGAGCUCCCCGUCAGGUUCGGCAACCAUACCUGCUAUUCCGCCUUCUGCUUCCGGAGCUGCGGCUGCCGCACCCAUGGCGGGCUCUCAGUUGCCGGCCAAUCGCAAGCUGACACCUGGCGGGCGCUCGCAUUCUCUAUCAGCAGCAGACGUUUUAGCAGUACUGACACGGGGAGGAGGGGCAGGGGGGGGAGGGGAAGGGUGGGGAGGAGGGGGAGAGGGGAAGCAGAAGAGCGGAGGGGCAGCUUGCGGCAGCACGGGCGGAGCAGGCGGCACGGGGUCAGCUGGGGCAGGUGCAACUGGUGCAGGUGGUAAUGCUGGUGGUGCUGGUGGUGGUGGUGGUGGUGGUGCGAGGGAGAGGCUGUGUGGGGGUGGCGGCAGUGGCAGCUUGAAACGGCCAUGGGAGGAGGACAGUGGUGGUGGCGCGGAGGAGAUGGAAUGUGCUGGGUUGAGUGCGGUGGGCAGUGCGAGAGAGGGGAGUUCAGGAGAGGGGAUGGUUGGGGCUGGUGCGUCUGCUGCCGGUGAUGGUAAUGCUGGUGCUGGUGCCGGUGGUGCCGGUGGUGCUGGUGGUGAUGCAGGGGUUUCAAGGCAAGGGUCGGGAGGGGCAGAUGGGCAGGGCCAGGGUACACCAGGAGGGGAGACUUGUGCUGGUGCUGCCAGUGGGGAGGAACGAGCACCAGCAGGAGCGACAGCCGCAACAGCAAGGAGGCAAGGCAGCUUCGGGUCAGGUGGGCUACAGGGUCUAGAAGCCGCCUUUUCUCCCUUCGACUCGACGCAAAGGCAGGGUCUUGGGGCGGCAUUUGCAACGUUUUCGACGUCAGAAGAGGAGAGAAGGCGAGCAGAGGAGCAGUUUCGGAAGCUGGCGAGGCAGGCUGAGUUCAACGACCCCUCUCUGGCCGCUGCUGUCAAGCUCUCCCGCGCUGCCAUGAGCCGAGGGUCCUCAGGUGAAUUCUCAGGUGCUCCUGCUGGUGCGGCUGGUGGCUCUGCUGGUGCGUCUGCCGGUGGGCUGGUUUCGCCAGGUGGGAGUGGGUCCAAAGCGGUGGACUCCUCCCCACGGGUGCCUAUGGAGGUGACGAGUGCUGGGGAUAGGCUGGAUGCGAUCCUGUCCCCUGCGUUUCUAUCACCUUCGAUACAGUCACCUACACUGGGUGGAUUCGGGGGAGGGGGUGGGAGUGGGGGGACGUUGGCACAGCAGGGUCCUCUGAGGAAGCGGCGUGCAACACCGGAGUUGCAUAGGAGGCUCAGCCGAGAGUCGUUUCCCGACUUUGACCUUGAUGCUAGAUCACCUGGUGCUGCUCCUGCUGCCGCCGCUGCUGCUGCUGGUGCAGCCGCUGCUAGUAUUGGUGGUGCUACUGCUGCUGCUGGUGCUGCUGCUGGUGCUGCCAGUACUGCAUCUGCGUCCCCGUCUGCAUUUGCACCGGGUGGCUUGGCGGAUCCAUCUCCGAGCCUCGUUCGCGGGCCUGGAAGCAGGCUCGGCACCACGCUCAACCGAAGCUCGUCCUUAGGUCCGGGACCGGGAGUGACGACGCGGCGGCUGGACCCUUCAUCCGCUGCUGUUUCCAUGUCUGGAGGUCCGGCAGCGAGUUCAGGCACGGUAGGAGCUUCAACCAGCCUCGGCAAGACAGCUAGCCUCACCAAGUCAGCUAGCUUUGGCAAGGCAGCUAGCUCGUCUGCAGCGGGAGGUUCGGAAGGUGCUUCCGAGCCUGUUCCCGCACCUUCGAAAGAGGCUAUGGCGCUGGCGAUCCUAGGGCAGAUGAUGGCCGGCGGCGAUCUAACGGCUCCUGAGGUGCACAUACUAGCCACUCAGAUCACCAAGAGGGCUCAGAAAGAAUCCCAGGCGGGUUCUUCUGGAGUAGGUAGAACUGUUGUGGGUGGGUCUGGAGCUACAGACGGGACAGGAAGGGGAGGAGGAGCAGGGGGAGUGGGAAACAGUAACGGUGGUGGCGGGAGAGGAGGAGGAGGUAGAGGGGGAGGUGGAGGAGGAGGGGGAGGUGGAGGAGGAGGUGGAAGGGGAGGAGGAGCAAGUGGGGGAAGGGCAGGAGGAGGGGCAGCAGGGGGUGGUCUGGACGGGAUAAUUAAGAUGUUGGGGAAGCAGGCGGGGGCAGCAGCUCUAGCUGCGCGGCUUAGAAUGGAGCUGGAUGCAGCCGAGGCAGGGUCAGCUGGGGAAGGUUCAGCUGGGGAAGGUUCUGCUGAUGAAAGAGGUGGGGGUGCGGGUGGUAGUACCGCCGUUGCUGCUGACGUUUCUGGUAGGGCUGCUGCUGCUGGUGUUGCUGCCGGUGUAGCAACGGCAGCAGGAGGAGCAGCAACAGGAGCAGGAGGAGCAGCAGCAGCAGGAGGAGGAGGGGUAAAGCGGCCUUUGAAGGCUAGUGAUCCUUCCGAAGCUGAGAAGCAGGUUCAGGCACUGCUGCAGCGGAAGCUGAAUGAAAUGGCAGCAGGCUCGGCGCAGGCUCGGAAAGCCCUGCUGGAUCGGCUGAAGGUUGAGGUUGCCGAACGGAGGAAGGCGCUGAGUUUGAAGAGAGAGGGAGGUGAAGAGGAGGAGGAAGAAGAGGAGGAUGGGGAGGAUGAGGAGGAAGAGGAGGAUGGUAGUGAUGGUAGUGAUAGUGGUGGUUCGGACGGGAUAGACCGAAUGAUUGGUGGUGCAGGCACGGCAGCAGGGGUAGAGGGAGGAGCGGGGAGAGGUGUGGGGAGAGGAAGGGGAGGGGGUUUGGCUGGAGGUGUUGGGAAUGAGGCAAGGAUGGGAGGGGUAGCCGGGGCAGUGGGAGGGGUAGCCGGGGCAGUGGGAGGACAAGUAGACACUUCACACACUAACUCCCACAGCACUCUCUUUCUGCCAGAAGGGGAACUGCCCCCCUGGCAUUCCCAGCAGGAGGAGCUGCAUCAGCUGGGCCAGCAGCAGCAAGGGCAUGAGAGGGGAGUGCAGCAGCAGGGGUUGGAGGAUUUCAGCAUGUUUCUAGACGAUCUGGAUCUGGGUGUGGAGCUGCCUCCUGACCUUCACUUCGCAUCCGCCUAG